AAUUGAGUUAAGUACAGUUGUAGUUUUUAUUGCCUAACUCUCAAAGUUUUUUUUUUUUCAUCGUCUUUGCCCUUUUAAAGCCAUGUACUAUAUAUCCAUGACCUGCAGCUCAUAAAGCUACACGUCUGCCGAUUCAUUACUCUGUUUCGCCAAAAGAAAGAGAAUAAAGAAACGAUAUGGAGAGGCCAAGAGCCCCUCCAUCUCCCUUGACCGAUUUGGAGCCAUUAAGUGAACGCAGAUCCCUUGAGGUCUUCAACCCCUUGAGUGGAAAAGAGGUAAACGGAUCAUCAUCUUCUUCUUCUUCUUCUUCAAAGCCUCACGAUGGAAACGGCAAAGGCAAAAGCAGUAAGUGGAUGGAAUUUCAAGAUUCCGCUAAGUUAGUGGAGAGAACUGCUGAAUGGGGAUUAUCAGCUGUUAAGCCGGACUCAGGAGAAGAUGGCAUUAGUUUCAAGGUGUCCAGUGAAGUGGAACGAAGCAAGAUGUCUAGGAGGUCAUCCGAGGAAUCAACAUCUUCUGAUUCAGGGGCCUUCCCUAGAGUAUCCCAGGAGCUCAAAACUGCUCUCUCAACGUUGCAGCAGACCUUUGUUGUGUCCGACGCCACACAGCCACACUGUCCUAUAGUGUAUGCCAGCAGUGGAUUCUUCACCAUGACUGGUUAUUCUUCCAAGGAGAUUGUUGGAAGAAACUGCCGGUUUCUGCAAGGGCCGGACACAGACAAGAAAGAGGUUGCCAAAAUCAGAGAUUGUGUCAAGAAUGGAAAAAGUUACUGUGGAAGGCUCUUAAACUACAAAAAGGAUGGAACCCCCUUCUGGAAUCUUCUCACAGUCACUCCUAUCAAAGACGACCAAGGCAACACCAUCAAGUUCAUUGGGAUGCAGGUUGAAGUAAGCAAAUACACAGAAGGCGUAAACGAUAAAGCAUUGAGGCCUAAUGGACUCUCUAAAUCCCUAAUCCGAUAUGAUGCUCGCCAGAAGGAGAAAGCUUUGGAUUCCAUCACAGAGGUCGUGCAAACAAUAAAACAUCGCAAGUCUCAAGUGCGAGACUCCGUGAGCAAUGAUGUUAUGGUGAGGCUUGAUAGUGCUACUACACCUGGUAAACAAGUUAUAAAAUCAGAUGAGGCUUCGAAGUCAGCCAGAACACCUACACGUGUUUCUACUCCAACGAGGUCAAAGAGCAAAUCGCUUAGCUCGAAUAAAAAGCAUGAAGAUGUUCCGAGUGUGGAACCUGAAGCAUUGGUGUUGAGCACAGAAGUAAUAGAGCCGAGGGAUAGUUUUGACCGUUCAGAAAGAGAAAGGGAUAUACGCCAAGGGAUUGAUCUAGCUACCACUCUUGAGCGCAUAGAGAAGAAUUUCGUCAUCAGUGAUCCUCGUCUUCCCGAUAAUCCCAUUAUAUUUGCAUCAGACAGCUUUCUUGAAUUGACAGAGUAUACACGCGAGGAGAUUUUGGGUAGAAACUGUCGGUUUCUUCAGGGGCCAGAGACAGAUCAAGCGACUGUCCAAAAGAUUAGAGACGCAAUUAGAGAUCAAAGGGAAAUAACUGUGCAGUUGAUAAACUACACUAAGAGCGGAAAGAAAUUCUGGAACUUAUUCCACUUGCAACCUAUGCGUGAUCAGAAGGGAGAGCUUCAAUACUUCAUCGGUGUGCAGCUUGAUGGAAGUGAUCAUGUGGAGCCGCUCCAAAAUCGUUUGUCAGAGAGAACAGAAUUACAGAGUUCUAAAUUGGUAAAAGCUACAGCAACAAAUGUAGAUGAAGCUGUCAGAGAACUUCCAGAUGCUAAUACGCGGCCCGAAGACUUGUGGGCUGCACACUCAAAGCCUGUCUAUCCUCUGCCUCACAAUAAGGAGAGUACGUCCUGGAAAGCCAUACAAAAGAUUCAAGCGAGUGGCGAAACAGUGGGACUACAUCAUUUCAAGCCAAUAAAACCGUUGGGCUCUGGUGAUACUGGCAGGUACCUGUUUCAUUGUGUCUAUAACAGUAAACUUGAAGUCAAAACUGUCCUUGAAAUCUCCUUUUACUUAGUAUAUACUUAUAUUAUUUACCUUUGUUUUUUUUAUUGGCUACAAAGUGUCCAUUUGGUUGAACUGAAAGGCACAGGUGAAUUGUAUGCCAUGAAGGCAAUGGAGAAAACAAUGAUGUUGAAUCGUAACAAGGCUCACCGAGCAUGCAUCGAAAGGGAAAUCAUUUCUCUUCUGGAUCAUCCUUUCCUUCCCACUCUCUACACUUCCUUUCAGACAGCCACGCAUGUUUGUUUGAUUACAGACUUCUGCCCCGGUGGAGAGUUGUUUGCUCUGCUUGACAAACAACCCAUGAAAUUUUUGUCAGAGGAAUCAGCAAGGUUCUAUGCAGCAGAGGUCGUUAUCGGCUUAGAAUAUCUUCACUGCUUAGGAAUUGUAUACCGAGAUCUGAAGCCUGAAAAUAUACUGCUCAAGAAGGAUGGACACAUUGUAUUAGCCGACUUUGAUUUAUCAUUCAUGACGUCCUGCACACCACAGCUUAUUAAUCCACCUGCACCUAACAAACGAAGGAAGUCCAAGAGUCAACCACUACCAACAUUCGUUGCAGAACCAAUUACACAGUCAAACUCGUUCGUAGGGACCGAAGAAUACAUUGCGCCUGAGAUAAUCACGGGUGCUGGUCAUACGAGUGCUAUUGAUUGGUGGGCGCUGGGUAUCUUGUUGUAUGAAAUGCUUUAUGGCCGCACACCUUUCAGGGGUAAGAAUAGGCAGAAGACAUUUGCCAACAUCUUGCACAAAGAUCUCACCUUCCCCAGCAGUAUUCCUGUAAGUCUUGUAUGUAGACAGUUGAUCAACAUGUUGCUAAAUAGAGAUCCGAGUUGCCGGUUAGGAUCCAAAGGUGGAGCAAAUGAGAUAAAACAGCAUGCCUUCUUCCGCGGGAUCAAUUGGCCUCUCAUACGUUGCAUGAGCCCUCCACCAUUGGAUGCACCGUUGCGUAUAAUAGAGAAAGAUCCGAAUGCCAAAGAUAUAAAGUGGGAAGAUGAUGGAGUGCUUGUGAAUUCUAUGGACAUUGACAUUGAUCUCUUCUAAACCCUCCCUACUCUUCCCUUCUUCUUCUGCUUUUGAGUCUCAUUUUAAUGCAAAACUCUCUUCUUCUCAAUAAAGCAAAGGUGUUGUUUGUACUGUAGUUGCUUACAUAUAUAAUACAUCAGACAUAAAACAGCUCUUUCUUGUUA